GGCGCCUUCUUCAACAACUAUCUACGCGACGCCGAUCGGCCGUGGAUCAACGUCAGCAAGCCGGCUCCCGACAGGCGCUCCUACGAGCCGCGUGAACCACGUUAUCCGGUUCGUGAACGUUUUGAGAGGGAAGAGCACCCGCCGAGUGCCAGAGAGGUAAACCCCCCUAUUUUUGAUGAAUUCUCGCUUAGGACCUUCCCCGGCAAGCGCCAGCCCUACGUCUACAAGGACCUCGACGCCGUCGACGACAACGUGGCGACCAUCUUC